CAGUCGCGCUGGAAUGCUGUUGCGUCUGUGGGAGGGGGGACAAACACACACACGUAUACACACAUACGAGCGUAGAUCAAGGAGUAAUCCCCAAUGGUUUAUGUGGUCUAAUGCGGUUUCAUUAUCUGUUCCUCGAGGUGGAAGAGAUGAAAGAAAGGGAAAAAAAAGGUUUUGAGAGAAAAGAGCGAGGUGAAUUAUCCAUGGCGAUGAAUUUAUCAAUACAGUGGUGCAAUACUGUAGUGAAUUGAGUUGUGCUUGUUCUAUUAAGUUGAUUAGUCGAGGUUUGCUGUAUCUCUUGUAAGUAUAUAUGUACACAUCGCGCAUGUGCUUAAAUACCAGGGAAACGAAGUCGCAGACAGCCUUGAAUAAAGAUAAUUCAAGAGAACUUGUGGAAUUACAGAAAGGCGAGAGAUUGUGCAGCUCGUGUUAAAUAUACAGAACAAAAACCCGCUAUGCGAUCGAAUGUUUCCUCAAAUAGCUUAGGAAAUGCCUGCAUGCCAUCCCGACUCAGAGAAGUGGUUUGCAACAUCACCACGUCAUCACCACAACACCGAAUGCAAUUUGCAAAGAAGUGAACGCGGAGAAGAAAGGCGCAGUGCCAUUGCUCCAGUCACUCAGCAUGGCACCCAAGAGAUGGUGACACAUAACAAAAGUGCCUCAGAAGAUGGUGACACGCAGCAUAAGUGCCUCAAAAAGUAAUGACACACGAUAGAAGUGCCACACCGCAGUGUCAGCUCUAAUGAUGGAGACGUCAUUGGCAACUGUUUUCUUAAGUUUGGUUUGCCUUGCGUUCGUCUCAAGCGCUCCUCUGUUCGGAUGCCAGCACCACGCCGACUGUUUCCCCGAGGAGUACUGCGAGUCCGAGGGCACGUGCCGUUGUCGGGGAGGCCACACGCGAACUCCUGACGGUCGGUGCGUAGCGAGUCGAGUCGGGGAAGUCGGAUGUAUGCACGACUUCGAUUGCGCUCGUCCGGAUUUCGUCUGCCGUAACGGAAGUUGUCAUUCUCCUGAUGAGGAGAAGCGAGAGAGCGGGCAAAAAAGUCACAUUCUUGUCCAGCCAUCACCAACCGUGCAGGACGAAGAGGAAGUCUCCGAUGUGGAAGUGAAAUGGUAUAGGAACAAGCGGAGUGUGGGGGGAAUCACGUUUAUCAUCGUCCUCUUUAUCCUUCAGACAGUGACAUGCGACAGAAUCGAAGCGGCUCUCAGAAAAUGUCGGUCUCUGUUGUCAAGUGGCCGGGACGAGAGAGAAUGCGUGGAUCCUCCCGCUGAGGCUGACGAGUCGUCCGACUCCGUCGUCGCUCCGGUCGCCUCCCAGGAGGAUUCCGACACACCGUCCUUUUCGUCCGAGGUCAGCCUCAGCAGUGUUGAACGCCCUGUCCCUUCCGCUCCGGGACUUGGAGGCCAUGGCCAUUCCUCCGUCCGGGACAGCCUUUCCGAGUCGUUGCCUUGGAUUGAUCUCUCUGGCUCCGACGUCCUCCCAGCGUCGCUGGCACCGCCUUCGGAGAGCAACAGUGCCGCUUACGGGAGGGACAAUCCGCCUCCUUACUGUAGCCUCCAGCCUCUGUCAUUCACACUCCUUGACCCUCCUCCGUACGAAGCCCUCCGCUCGCCUCUGUAUACCGUCCUGCAACCACCCUCCUACGAAGAGGCCAACCUAGACGCAAACAGGGCAUCCCCAGUCUCCCUUACAUCGACGCCGCGAAGCCACACUUACAGGAUAGGCGAUCCCGCCAUCAAUACGCCUGUCAUGGGCAGUGACACGGACAUGGCAUCCGACCAAAGGAGAUAUUAGGUGUUCCUGAUCCUCGAGGAAGGCGAGAAAAAAGGAACUACUAGGCUCCGAAGACGCCCCUGUGUCCCCGAGACCGAAGGAAUUGCUGCGUUCUACAUUUAUCGAUCGUAUUCUUGCAGACAUCGCCUUGGAACAAAAGGACCAAAUGUGACAGACUCGUCCAAACAAUAAGGAGUGCCUUAAGACAGUGGAUAUAUGUCGAAAUACAAGUGUACCUGAGCUAAUACUUAAUGAUCGUCACCAACCGAACUCUGUGAUUUUAUAGUAUUAAAUUAUUACAGUGAAUGGACACGCAUGAGAUGAAGAUAAACCUUUUUGCAGGCAUGUGGCAAUCUAAUGGGUUACUGAGUGGAAUUCUAGUCACUGUUUAUGCUAUGCCUCUUACCGUUGUUUCAGCUUAAAUGUUUGGCACUGGUUUUAAUGCUCUGGCACUGUCAAAGUUGUGCAUCAGAUAGAAUGACAUAUCAUGAACAUAUAUGCACAUGAAAUAAAUCAAUGAAUUGUUAAGUGAACACACAUACACAGACAUUCAUAGAUACAUGCAAGCAAGUG